AUUGGUGCAGUGGUGCCACGGCUCCCCCGGCAUCAUCCCAAUGCUCACCAAAGCCCACGAGGUGUUCGAAGACGACCGGUACCUUGAGAUGGCGAGACGGUCGUCAGAGGUGGUGUGGAAGAGGGGCCUGCUGACGAAGGGCAACGGCAUCUGCCACGGGGUGGCCGGGAACGGCUACGCGUUCCUGUCGCUGAGAAAAGCCGACGCCGCCGACGGGCGACACCAGCACAGGGCCAGGAGUUUCGCUGGUUUUGCGGCCUCCGCCAUCCUCGGCCCCAACUCCUCCACCGGCGCAAACGCCUCCUCCCGCGGAGAUCCCUUCGGCCCCGGCGCCCACGUCCACCACCCUCGCGGCGGCGGCUUUGGCCUCGGCCGCUCGUCCUCCCACGACGCGGGCAAGAGCAUCCACUCGGCCGGGUGGCCAAGCAACGGCUGCAACAGCGGCGGCGGGGACAGCGGCGGCGGCGACGGCGGCGCCGGGGGCGGCCGGGCCGGGGCCGGGGGCAGGUCCCACUCCGUUGGCAGCGGCGGCGCCUGCGGCGCCGGCGGCGAGAUGCCGUCGCAGGCGGUGCCGGACAGGCCCAUGUCGCUGUUCGAGGGGCUGGCGGGGUCGGCGGCGUUCCUGGCGGACUGCUGCGUGUCGGAGGCCGGGGCAGGCGAGCACGCGUGGUUCCCGUCGCUGGAGCUGUGCUCGUGACGCGGUGGCGUGUGUCAUACCACGGGGGACAGGACGCUACCGAGGUGGUAUUCGUUCGGGUCGGAAGGGCUGGGCUGGUGCGGUGCGUCGAACCUCGUGACGCGGGCGAGCGGGCGUAAUGCGGGACAGAACGCUGCGGUGAAGUACCUUCCUUUGGGUCGGAAGGGUUGUCUGCCGAUGGCUGGUGUGGUGCUUCGAACCUCGUGCCCUUGGCGGGCGGCGUGUGCCAUGGGACAGAUACCGCGGGGGCCCUGCGGGCGAUCGAAGAAUGGGUUGCUGUCGUGCGCUGGUGGUGCGGUGCAUCGAACCCUCGGGCGCAGUUUUUUGCACAAGCCCGCGGCCGGUCAUGAUCGACCAACCUCUGUUGUCAUGGGAUGUAGCGCGUGACGGCGUUUUUUUCUUCAUGGGGGGCGUGGAGGGGGCGUUCCGGUCGCGGUGAUCACGGUUAGACUACGCGGAUGUGCAAGCUGAAGGCGGGGCGUGUCAACGUCAGCGAACAAGCUUUGUGGCAUUUGUUGGGUGUAUGUUGGGGGAUUUCUUUGCGAUUUGUCGCUGAAUUCUGUGUCGUGUUGUGCGGCUCUUGUGGCUUUGAGUGGUGUGGUGUUCUUAGCCCCCCGUUCGUACCAGCCACCAUGAUGAGCUUUGUGUGAAAACGACUGCGUUGGUGGUACGAUGGAGCAUGCGGUUAUUGUUUUUUCGUGUCGAAAAGCCGACUUCCAACAGAGCACCGUAGACGGACGCAAUAUAUAACACGCGGCGCAUGCAUGUCCAUCGAUAGGGAUUAAACGGCGACGGAAGUUGUUACGUGUUUUGCUGGAACGAAAGACUCUUGCGAGACGUCUUGGCGAGAAGCGAUGUUGGUCAGUCUACUGCUGGUAAGAGCCACAGCGAGUUUUGCCGUACCAUAAGCUCAAAAAGCCCCCUCGGCGCUGCCGUCGAGCGCUUUUCCGACAAAAGCUCGGCUGUUCGUGUUGCCAACCUGGCACAGUGCUGUUGAUAUCUGGUAUGUGCGGAGCUGGCACGUUGCUGUCGAUAUCUAGACUAUUUACGAAGAGGGCAGUACACAGUUUUUUUGUUGCUUGCUGGGAUUCUAGAUGAAGCCGCCAGACCCGCGCCGUGUUCAUAAGCGGCUUAUUGACUAAAGGAAGGGGUUGAAUUUCGGCGUGGUACUCUGAGCGACAUGCGACCGUUACAUUACAAUAGUGUUUGUUGAGCGUGCGUAAAUGCACCGAUAGUGUUGUCUUUCUGUUGUUGUUCAUGUGGAUCUAUCGCCAAGAGCAGUAUCGCCGGUGGUCACACAACUGUAUAAUUCGGUGCAUUUCGCACUACUAUAAUAGGCUCCUGCUGCUGCUGCUGCUGCGGCUUGCGGCUGAUUUCUGCGUUGUCUUUGAUUGUCUCUUGUCUUGACUCUUUCUGGCGGGUGUUGGUUAUAAAGGGGGCGUGUGGAGGGAGAGGAGUCCUAAUUACCCUUUUCUCCAAGAGGUUGGCUCUUUAAGGUGAAGUAGAUGUUCGUGUGUGCAUGUGCGUGCGCGUGUGGGUUGCUGAAUAGACGAAUGAUGUCGUAGAUUGUAGCGCUGCCGUCAGCGGUGCGUUGCCGUUGCGUU